AUGGCGACUCUGAACUGCGUGUUGAAUUCCACGGAUAACUGCGAUGAAACAAAAAAACGCCAGGAGGCCCUCGACUCCCGUCAGUACUCCAAGAACGGUAUUCUGCGCUAUGAAUUUGUCUUUGGCCGCGGAUUCGUUUCCUCUGGAGGCGGCGACACCACAGCAGAAAUCCUUGAGCAUAUUUCUCUGCCCAAGUCUGGCAAAGCCAUCGACGUUGGUUGUGGAAUAGGUGGCAGCAGCGCCGCACUAGCAGAUAGAUUUUCUGCAAAUGUUUUGGGUGUAGAUUUAUCUGCAAAUAUGAUUUCUAUUGCAAAAGAAAGAUACAGCGAAAGAAGCGAUUUAAACUUUCUUGUUGCUGAUGCCCUUAGCAUUCCGAUAGCCCCAGGCUCUCUAGAUUUGGUAUACAGCAGAGACACUGUGCUGCACUUCGAUAUCUACGAGAAGAAACUGCUCUUCUUAAAAGCAUUUGAAUGGCUUAAGCCAGGCGGCCAACUGGUGAUAACCGACUACUGCUGCGGCCCGAAAGAGAAGUGGGAUGAGGAGUUUAAAGCAUAUUUGCAAGACAGAAACUAUAAACUUGUGCAGCUUGAGGUGUAUAAACAACUGCUGCAGGAAGCAGGGUUUAACGUUAUUAAGGCCGAAAACCACACGGAGAGGUGGAUGAAGGCGCUGGAUGAGGAGAGUCGGCGUUUAGAAGAAAAGAAAGAAGAUUUUAUGCAUCUGUUUACUUUGAAAGAUUUUCAAGAUCUAAGGGAAGGCUGGAGAAGCAAAAAAGAAAGAGAAGACGGCGGUAAUCGCUGA